AUGCACCAAAUCCUGCACUAUGAGAGUGAAUUUGAAGCACUGAAGGCAUCACGAAAAAAUUGGGUAUAUCCAAAAUGUGAAAAGGCUUGGAAAAAUAUCCAACCGACAGAUAAGUGCUUUAGCCCCCAAAGAUCGGCUCCACAACAACAAACUGCCGACGCCACGUCACAACUGUUACUUACUGCUAUUAAAGAUCUUACAGAAGAGGUCAAAGGAUUAGAAUUCUUCCUCGAUGCCAAUGCUAACGAGGUGAAAGAAUUAAAACUAUCCCUCGAAAAACAAGCCUCUAUAACUUUUGAGAAUGCGAAGAAAUCUGACACUAUAGAGUAA